CUCCCGGUGCCCCUCGGUCGUACCGCGCCGUGCCGCGUGCCGCGCCGCCGCGUCGUCGUGAGUGAAGGCUUCCCGCCGACGCUGUCGUCACAAACGCUCACCGGAAUACUUAACGCCCCUCACGCGCGCGAGUGUGUCUGCCAGUGUGAGUGUCAGUGCGUGUGUGUGUGUGGGUGUGAGCGUGCCUUGUGGUGUCGUCAUUGCCGCAGUGACAGGUGUGUCCUGCUGUGCGUAACAUGGUGUGACGCCGCCUGUCACACCGUGACGAUGUGACCGAGUGACACGACCAGUGUAUUGGAUUACCGCCGCUUUGCUCUUUCGGAUUACGAUCAAGUGGUGUCUCCGCGCCUACGGGAGACUUGUUUUUGACCGGCCCGUCCCCAUUUCGAUUCCUGAAUGCUGGACACUACGACGAAGCGCGGCAAAAGCGACGCUGGGUCCACGAUGACGGACUACGAGCGGCUCAAGCGGGCGUGCAUCAAGCGCGGCGAGCUGUGGGAGGACCCCGACUUCCCCGCCACGCAGACCUCCGUCUUCUACCACCAGACGCCGCCCUUCCAGUUCACGUGGAAGCGGCCCAAGGAGCUGUGCAGCCGGCCCGUGUUCGUGCACGACUCGCCCACGCAGUUCGACAUCGUUCCCGGCAAAAUGGGUGACCGGUGGCUGGUGUCGUGCCUGGGCGUGCUGUACCUCAGCAAGGGCCUCUUCUACCGCGUGGUGCCGGCCGACCAGACGCUGUCGCCGUCCUCCCCCGAGCAGUACGCCGGCCUGUUCCGCUUCCGCCUGUGGUGGUGCGGCGAGUGGGUGGAGGUGCUCGUCGACGACCGCCUGCCCACCGUCAACGGCCGCCUCGCCUUCCUGCAGGCCCAGCACUCGGACCAGUUCUGGGCGGGGCUCCUCGAGAAGGCGUACGCCAAGCUCCACGGCUCGUACGAGGCCCUCAAGUACGGCACGCUGCUGGACGGGCUGGCCGACCUGACUGGCGGCAUUACGGAGAGCAUCUCCAUCCGGCAGGACCCCACGCACUGCAGCAGGCUGCUCAGCAAGCUGCUCGACAUGACGUCCCUCAUCACCUGCACGGUGCACGCGCCCCACGGACAGGUGCGGAACCAGCCCGAGAAGCUCGCCAACGGCAUCCACAUCGGCACCAACUACAGACUGUACGCCGUGGAGAGGGUGGAGACGCGGGGCAGCGAGGCCGUGCAGCUCGUCAAGCUGCGCCACCCGCAGGGCGCGGCCGACGUGGUGGGCGCCUGGUCCAGGGACUCCCAGCUCUGGGACGACCUGGCCGCCGUGGAGAGGGACCGCCUCACGGGGAAGCACCUCGGCGACGGCGAGUUCUGGAUGUCCUACUCUGACUUCGUCAAGACCUUCUCCCACCUGGAGGUGGUGCACCUGGACUCGGACACGGCGCGCGACGAGCCCUCCCUCCACCACAAGAACACCUGGCAGAUGCGGCUGUACCAGGGCGCCUGGCAGCGGGGAGUGUCGGCCGGAGGCUGCAGGAACAACCCAGAAACAUUCCACAUCAACCCACAGCUCCACCUCAUCCUCUGCGAAAUGGAGGAGGUCAUCAUCUCCCUGAACCAGCACAGCAUAAUGGAGCCUAAGGUUAUUGGCUUUACGGCAUACUCACUUCCCAAAAGCGGCUCUGAAACUAUUGGGAAACAGUUCUUCAAGAAGAACAAAUCACUUGUGAACUCGCAGUACACAAAUAGUAGACAGGUAUCACACAGAUGUCAACUGGAACAAGGGGGCUACCUCGUACUUCCCACAACAUUUGAGCCAGGGCAGGAAUCCAGCUUUACUCUACGUGUGUAUUCCAGCAAACCUCUUAAAUUAAAGUUGUUGGACACUGUUCCAUCUUUAGUCAAAUCAGCAGUGAUAAAGGCUCCAGCAACAUUAGAUGGGAAAAGCUUCUCACAGUAUGAGGCUGUAUUUCUACAAUUGGCUGAUGAGCACAGAACUGUUAAUGCAUUUGAACUACAAGAGUUAUUGGACGCCUGUUUGCCCAAUGACUACAUAAAAAGCUGUGCGUGCAUGGAAGUCUGCCGACAAGUUGUCAUGUCACUUGAUAGUACUGGUUCUGGACGAUUAAAACUCAGUGAUUUCAAGGAUUUAAUGUGUAGUCUCAAGCACUGGCAGUCAGCUUUCAAAAACCAUACGAGGGAGAAGACAGGAAUCUUGAAAGCAGAGAGACUGAGGGACGCUUUGUUAGAAAUUGGUUUCCAACUGAGCACUGAUGUUCUCUCUAUUCUUAUACUGCGGUACAUGCGUAAGGAUGGGACUCUCCGAUUUGGAGAUUUUGUGUCAGCAAUUUUACACCUUAGUGUAGCGUUCAAUAUUUUUGAGUCCAAGGACCCUCUUCAAAAUGGUAGUGUGAAGAUGAGUUUGGCAGAGUGGCUGAAGUCAUCUUUGAUGUGCUGACUUUCCUGCUCCUCCUUGUGAAGUAUAAAUUUGUCUGCUAUUUUGUGGUGACAUCAUAAUAAUAACCAAACAUGUACCUGCUUAAGAAGUCAUGACUGGUGCUAAUCCGAAGAAAUUACCAUAGUUUGAGAACACAUUGAAUAGACACUGACGACAUGAAUCACUAAUUGCUUGAGUUCACUAUCAACAAAAUUGUAGAGCCAAUAUUUGGAGUUUUUGUAAGGUAUGAGUUUAAAGACCGUGUAAAAAUACUAGCUCUCUUCAGUAAGGAGGUUCAUUACUAUUCAUGAUAUUAAUAAAUUAAACAAUGAAAUUUUGUAGUUUGAAAAUUGUACAGCAAAAUGAAACAGUCAAAGGAAUAAUAAUACUAUGUAAGAGUUUUUUUUACAUUUUCUGUUGAGCAUAGUUUUUCCUAGGCUGAUGUAUAAAGUGAAAUACUAUUGCAUAUCAACUAAAAUAAUAUUGAUGUAAAAAUUGUAAAUAUAUUAGGAGUUUCAUAAAUUAUUUUGUAUUUUAAUUUUAGGUCAGUCAUUUGCAAGUCAUCAUGUUGUAACUGCCUCUAGUACGUGUCAUAACUACCACAUGUACAAAAAGGCAUUAGUCAGAACGCCAUUAAGUGUUCCAUUAACACGGAAACGGAGACCCAACUCCCAUGUAUCAAUUCUGUAAUUUAACAUCUUAUGUAAUAUAAAGCUUUAUUCAUCAAGUUAAGUGUACACUAUAUGAAGCUUUUUAUUUAAUUGUUUUGUACUAUAUGCUCAAAUUUGUUUGGACAGUGACUGAGUGUUUGUGCUUUGUACAAAUUGAUCAAGUAACGUUAAAUAAAAGAAGUUGUUUGGAGAAAAUAAAGCCUGUCCUUUUGGAUCCCUCUAAUGCAUCAUUACAGUAAAUAUUGAUGGCACCUCACAUACAUACUGGACAACGAGACU